AUGAGCUACGACGUUUAUGCUAAUCAACACGACAAGGUACUUUCGGUGCAGUUGUGGAAAGAACGAAGGCAUCGAAUCAUUGAUGUCCUAGCGCGCACAUGUUUUGCUAUGAAGGAUUAUCAUUCAGCGAUUCUUGCCUACGAGCAGCUUGAAACGGUAAACGCUGAUCCGGUGGUGCAACGCAAUCUGGGUAAAAUGUGUCUUCAUGCCGGCGACGGACCCGCAGCCAUGAAGUGGUUUCAAAAGUCAUGUACCGCCGGUGGAGCGUUGAAUUCUCCCGACCAAAGCUUGCUCUUCAGUGGAUUCAUAGAAAUCUUUCAAGGCAACUACGCAGCUGCUGUUGAAAAAUUUACGACUUUAGCCGAAAGAAACAAAAGUAGUUAUGUGGCGGCCAACAACGCUGCAGUGGCUUUAUUGUACAUUGGCAGAAUAACUGAGGCAACAGCUAUUUUCCAGAAGCUGAUCGCAACUAGUCCAGAGAGCGUUCGCAUACCGGAAGUUUGCGCAAACCUCAGUUCCUUAUACGAGUUACAGUACUCGAAGAGUACUGCGAAAGAGGUCGAAUUGCUUAUGGUUGUGCGCAAUAACUAUCUAGAAACGUUUGAUUCAUCGUAUAUUAAACUGUAG